CUCUCUCUCUCUCUCUCUCUCUCUCUGCUCUGAGUUCUCUUUCAUCUUGUUCAAGAAAAACCCAUAAAAUCACAAAAUGGUGUCAUAGUAGAAUGGAAAUUGGAUGCUAGAUCUGGAACAAACAUGGGUUUGCAAAGAGAGAGCGAGCAAAUGUUAGAAAGAGGGAGAAAAUCGGUGGGUUUUGGCCGCUGGGUUUUGGGUGCUAGAUCUGCAAGUUUAAAGCAGAUACACAACCAAGAUCUAGCAUCUCACCAGAUCCAACAACGGCCGAGAUCUAGGUCACGCCCAAUUUUGGUGGUUUUAUCAAAAGCUGCCAAAGGCUUGAAGACUUCGACAUCUAAUCUGAAUGAGAUUCAGUCUCCUGUUAACCCCGUUGUAAAUGCCUCUCCCACAAAAUCGAAGCUUUUAGGGUUCACUUUUGGUAGUCUGACGAGGAAUUUAGCAUCUUGUUACGCGUUGAUGGUGAUUCAGAAGCUUAAAGUUUUACUUAACUGUGAAUGCAUCAGCAAUCCCUUCAUAUUUUAA